AUGACCUCAGAAGUAAGAGAAGUCGAUAGUAAGCACGGAUCAAGUUCUAGGAGUGCUUCUACUGUUCUUGAAAAAACACCGAAGGGGAUUGUCUUGGGCAAGGAUGGGAAACCAUGUCGAGUUUGCACCGCGUUCAGAGAUUGGACGAAACAGGAAAGGAAGAAACAGCAUGGCGUGACGGAAGCUGUGGGAACGUUCAGUGCGAUCGCGCUAAAUUCUGCUUCAACCUCGUCUAUACCACAAGCACCUCAGGAGUGUCCUCCAGACGUCGAACAACUCGGCAGAGCCACAUGGACAUUCUUGCACACCAUGGCAGCCUAUUAUCCCGAAGUUCCUUCUUAUGAACAACAACGUUCCAUGAAGAGCUUUUUGACGACAUUUUCACAAUUUUAUCC